UGUUUCUUCUAGUAGUUGGCCACAACCAAAGGUAUAGGACACUUCAACCGAUCUUUAGAAGAUCUACCGAAGUCAUUAGUAGGUAUUUGAAGGCAAUGCUUUAUGCUAUUGGGGAGUUGAGAGAUGAGAUGAUUCGGCCUCCUUCCAACCAUUGUCAUCAUAAAAUACAAGAAAGCCCUCGCUUCAAUCCAUAUUUCAAGGAUUGUGUUGGAGCAAUUGAUGGGACUCAUGUGCUUGCUAGAGUCCCAAAAAGUAUCUCAGCUGCCUUUAGGGGUAGAAAGGUGGGGACUACCCAAAAUGUCAUGGCUACGGUAGACUUUGAUCUAAAGUUUACCUAUGUACUUGCGGAUUGGGAGGGAUCAGCUCAUGAUGCCCUUAUACUUGCAAAUUCAUUGGAGAGGGAAGAUGGGUUGAAAGUUCCUACAGGAAAAUUCUUCCUUGUUGAUGCGGGGUAUGCUGUGAGGCCGGGUUUUCUUCCACCAUACCAUGGCAUGAGGUACCACUUGAAAGAGAAUGGACGAGGGAACCAUCCUCAAAAUGCUAAAGAGUUGUUCAACUUAAGACACUCUUCUUUGAGGACAAUGGUUGAAAGGGCUUUUGCCGCAUACAAAAACCAUUGGAAGUUUGUCUACAAUAAGCCAUUCCAUGGUUACAAGACCCAAGUAAAAGUAGUGCUAGCUUGUGCAAUUCUUCACAAUUGGGUACUUCAAUAUGGCGAGGAUGAGUAUUUCCCACCUGAGGAAACAUGGGAUCCGGAACCCAAUGAUGAAGAUCACAAUGAUAUUGUCCAUGACAAUAUUUCUUGGGCUCAUAAGAGAGAUAAAUUUGCAAAUCAGAUGUGGGCGAAUAGAGGGCUAGCAAACAUUUGAUGUAUCAUGUGUCUUGGUGUUGUAAAACAAUUGAUGUGUUCCUUGGUGCUGAAACAUGAUUUUGAGCUGCUGAAAUAUGCUUUUUAUGUGCUGAAAUGUGUUUUUGUGUGUUGGAAUUCAUGUUUAUGAGCUGAAACAUGAUUUUGAGCUGCUGAAUUAUGCUUAUUUAUGUGCUAAAAUAUGUUAUUAACUUCUGGAUUGUUUAUGUUGUAGAUGGAUGAUGAGGUGCAGGAGGUUGCAAGUGUUGGUGCUCUUCCCAAGAUGGCCCCCAAGGUCAUGAAUUGGACUCCGCCUAUGUCAGUGUUGAUGUUGAAAGGCCUUUCAGAGGUGGCGGUAAGAGGUGCCAAGACUGAUAAAGGAUUCAAAGAGGUUGAAAAAUUGAAAGCGCAAAUCAUAUAUCUUCUUUCGUUGGUUAUGACGCGUCUAUUACCCAAGUGCACAAUCAUAUUCGCAAGUGGAGGAAUAGGUGGACAAGGCUUGUCUAUUUGAAGGGUUUAAGUGGGGCACUUUGGGAUGAUGACAAGAAGAUGGUAGUGCUAGAAGAACAACACUAUUUGGGCCACACACAGGAUCAUCCAACAGAUGCUGAAUUGCUCAAUUCUCCACUGGAGAACUACGACUAUAUGGAACUUUGCUUUGCUAAUAAGCAUGCCACUGGGAAGUAUGCAAUGGGCCCCGGUGUGCCCCUAGGAACGCCUAUUGUUGUGGAAGACAAGGAUAAACCGAAUGUCAUGGAGGGGGAAGGAACAACAGAUGAGGUAUUGCAACAUCAGCCUGGGUCUAACUUUGUACUUCCUACUACUAGUGCCACUCAGGACCCUUCUCCUACUUCAAAUAAGAAGAGAAAGAGGGCAUCUGGCUUGACUGAGGAGGACUCAAUCCAGUGUAGCAACAUGACUGAUGCUAUGCGUGAGAUUGCAAGUGCUAUCAACAACACUUGCCAUGCUGAGACACACCCUGACUUGUACAACGCUGUCAUGGACCUUCUUGUGUUUGAGCAAGAUGAGCGCUUGGCUGUUUUAGAUUAUCUCACAGAACAUAAGGCAAAAGGCCUUAACUUUGUGAAGAUGAAUGAUGAAGUCCGAAAAGCAUCAUUCAAGCGAAUCUUGAAAGCCAAUCCCGAUCUUCUUUGAGUUGUUGUUAGUUGGUGCUUGAUGAGACUAUCCCUUUUGUAAUGCCUAUUAUAAAGUGUACUUCAAAUGAGACUAUGUAAUAUGAAUCUAGUGAUGCACUGCUACCAAUUAUGGUUAUUAUGUCUUAUGUAAUAUGAAUCUAGUGAUGCACUGCUUCAAAUUAAGGUUAUCAUGUGUUAUGUUAA